AAGAUUGCUCACUCGAUAACAGCUCGACUCUGUUUCUCUCUCUCUCUCUACGCCCGAAGACCCCCCCGGCAGCGGUCUUCCGUCUUCACCGUUCGCAAACUCCCGGCAGCGCUUUCUUUGCCGUUCGCAUAUCUCGAUGGAACACCGGCAGCGGCGCUCUCAGCAGAAAUUUAGGUAGAUCGGAUUUGGUACUAGUUGCUCGGAUUUGGCACUACUCGCCUCGACCCCAACAUAUAGAGGGAGAUCGCUUGGAUUGGGGGUUUCGAUCGCCCAGUGGCGGAGGGAGUAAACAGAGCAUUCCAUUUGUUUCAAGUCAUAAUCGAGGCUGAUGAUGAUUAUAGAGGUUCAACACCAGUUCUUUUCGAUUGGCGAGCUUAAGAAGUUAAGCCCUUCUGCUAUUAGUUCAUCAAAGCACGUUCCUAGGAUAAAUAGAGAAAUUCCUUUUGUUGAUGAAGCCACUUCAGAUCACCAAAGGCUUCGUGAAAGGGUUUUGAUCUUGUCGUUGUUUGAUUGUGAUCUCAAAUACGCGAACAAUGCCCGUGGAAUCGAGUGCGAAAGCGCCUCCGAAGGUGGUGAAGCUCGAUAGAGCCUUGAAGCUGGCUGAAUCAUGGGUGAAUAAGAUGAGCCCAUCGACACCGGAUGAACCAGAGGAACCCAAAGUAGAGGCUCGCCAUCCGAGGUUGGGUCUAGGAGCCAAAGCGCCACCGCAUGUAAAAGCUGCAGCUUCGACUGAUCCGGUCGAGAGGAAAUUGUUUCAGAAGGUGAAUGCGAGGAAGAGAAAAUCCUCUCCAGAUACGAACAAAACAAGCCGUGUUGAAGAGAAUGAGGCUAGCGAUGAUGAAACCGACGAACCUGAAAGCAGAACAAGUGCUUUCGUGAAAAAGAGGGCGGCGCCUUUGAGUUCCUCUUCACUAGUUAAGAAGAAGAGCAAAUGAGUUUUUGUUACUCUGUUUAGUAAAAACUCUGUUGUACUAUAUUUCUGUUAGCUUUAACUUAAGAAUUAUAUUGCUUUCAAGUAUUUUGUUGAUUUUUCUCCUGCCAUUGGUCACUACUGUCAUUUCACUUGAUGCUAUUCAGGCUAAUAGUGAUCUGUCUUCAUUGCGAAACUUUGAUGUGAAAAUAUUCAUUCAAUUAUGUCA